CACCCUUAACGAUGGAAAAUCAAUAAUUUGACAAAUGAAAUUGUUUGAAUUGUCUGAGCAAAACGUUUACUAUCGCAAACCAAACCAAAAGAAGUGAUAUUUCACGCGGAUCAGCAUUUGGCAGGAAGUAUUCAGUCUUUCGAUCGGUUAUACGAUGGCUGAGGGAACCUAUGAGUACGAAUGCAUGCGCGCUGAGCUACUGGGUGUCGACAAACCGAAUCGCGAAGAAUUUGAAGAAAAAAUGAAACUUCGGAGGGAGGUAGAGGAAGAGGAGCAACUUACUCAGCAAAUGCAGGAAAUCGACCUGCAAGAAGAGGAAACGCAAGGAGUAGCCGGCAAAAUGGAUGAACUGAGCAACAUGCUAUCGAUAACGCAGCAGCGGAUAAACAAAUUUAAGGUGGCUUGCGGCAGUCUGACUAGUCUGCUGAAGAUGCGACCCUCUACGCCCAGCGGAGGCAAUUCUACUGGUGAAGCUGAUACCGGAACUUCCUCCAAUACAAUCAACGAGGCCUUGGAUACACUGGACACGAUGAAGGAAGUUCAAAGUGCGUCGGAUGCCAGCGUGGCAAAGUCGGCUGCAUCUGAUUUGAGCCAAAAAAUGACAUCUCAGUUGGGAAAGCUGGAUACAUUGAUAUGUAAAGCAGAUAAUGCUACGUACUCCAUGAAACACCAAACCGAUCAGAUGCGAAAAAUGGCGAAGUGAAUGCCAAUAAAAAGGAAAUAAAUAUGAAAUACUCAAAACACGAUUUCUAAUAUUGCCCUAACGCUUGCGUAUUUGUUAUAUACUGUAUACUCACUUAAAUUUAACAUUGUAAAGUUUAUACCUCAAAUUUAAGCUAUGGACUUAACCUGCUUGGAUGUAAGAACUUUAGUUUGAUAAACAUUGAGUUUGUGUUUUUAUGUAUUUAUGUGCUAUGCCAAAUUUACAUAUAAUAAAAUACAAUCAUUCUCAUGCUAUUGUGCUGUCUUCCAAGUACAUUAAAGUUAACGUUCUUUGAGCACAAUAACAUCUUUAAAUUUCGCGUGAUUUGAGUAAGGACUCUACAACGAUAAAAAUAUGCCAGCGAAGUGUUAAAACACCGAGACAGUAUGUGAUAUUAGUUUGCACCAGAUGUACAGAUGAUUAACUAUUUGAGUGGAGAAACAAUGUUGUUAGAUUAGACUUAUUAGUAACGCUAGCUGUUGUUGUUGUCUUUAUCUACAUUUGGACUAACUAAUAAUCACAUGAAAAUGAAAUUAAAUACAAUAAAUAUAAAUUAUACAAUACAAGUAAUAAAGCAUU